AUGGCCUUAAAGAAACGACGUCUACAGCGUCAUCGACGAGGAGGGAAGGCGCCUAGCAGCCUAGUCCAUGGUACCCUCAAACCCGCUAUCGAACAGCAGAUGCCAGUAGAUAUGGAUGAUUCUAGUCAAAAUCAUCCGGGUGUCCCUGGUGCCGAGAAUCUCAAUCUGGAGAUAAGUCCGUGUACGGCUGCCGCCGGUAGCGGCGAAAAACAGGACGCGAAUGGAUAUGACUGGCGCGGCCAAGAAAAAUCACGUUUGGCGGAUGUCGAGAAUCCCAAAUCACAUGGGGUGGACAACGAUGGCAGCCAAGAUCAAGUCAAUCACCUCGGCCUAUACAUUAGUUGUGAUCAGGAGGACCGAACAAACAGCCAAACCGGCCCGCAAGAUAUUGGCUCUAUUGGUCAGAAGGAUGACAAUAUGCAAGGCCUAGACUACGAACAGAACCCUCUACGCGAGAAUGCUGAGAGCGACGAUGAAACUACCUGUCAGCCAACUUUGGAUUAUGAUCAUCAACAACUUGAGAGUACUGAGGAGGCGAGUGCUCUUAAGCCGGAGGAAGAUCCAUUUCUUUGUAUUAACGGUGAUGAAAUGAUGGAUGGGGAGAUAUACUUGCUAAAGUAUUUAGAAAACGGAGAGCGUUUCUGGGUACCAGAAAAGACUCUUCAAUCCAGGUACAAUUCUGCCGUGUGCACCUACUGGGGUUGUGGCCCGGGAAGCUGGAAGAGAAAAGAGCUGGAAGGAAGGGAUCAGAAUCUGGAAGCCAGGAUCCUUUGUGAGUUGGAGGUUAAACCGAAUGGCGACAGGAGAGUCCAGAUUCUUGGUUAUCCUACAUCAAGAGCUAUUACACUACCUAAGAAGAAGAAGGCUAUAUACCCGGACGCACCUCCUAUCAAACUUCCUAGUCGCAAGGGCCAGGCAGGCAAGGAAAGGUUGGAAACAAUUGUUGGCGAUAAGGAGGAGAACGGAAAACGGCUGUUCUCCUGCCAGUGGGAUAAUGGAACUGAGUCCUGGGAGGAGUUACACGAUGUUCCAGACUCUGCUGCGCUUAAUACAUAUCUAGCUAGCGAUGAAAACCUCUGCCUAGCAGCCCUUAUCUUUGAUAGGAAAGUGGUCUGGUAG